AUGUCCCCCGGCGCGCUCGACACGCCGCGCUCCAACAUCGGCGACGCGACCUUUCUCAGCCGUAAACCCGACUUUGACGUCUCCCCCGAGGCAUCAUUCCACGCGCCGGCGAAGGAGACGAAUCUUCUACACCAGCUACGCAACGGCCGCCGGACGAACCUCCGUACCCCCCGGGCCAGCAGAGCCCCCCUCACCGACCGCCAGAACCUGCCCACGGGCCUCGACGGCCGCGAGUUCACGCCCCUGCUCAAGUCGGCUACCAGGAACAGCGCGCGACGGUAUGGCGUUGCCGGCAAGGAGAACGGAGCCAACGGCGGCAGGACGACGCCCAACUUUCUCGACAGGAUCGACGAGGACAUGACCCCGCUACCGCCCGGCGAGUCCAGCGUGUACAUGGCCAGAGCCACGCCGAGUUACAUCGAGUCCACGAGGGUUCCCGAUGUCGAGGAGAGCAGCAUCGCGUCUACCCCGCUUGCUCUCAGGCGAGGGGCUAAGGGGGGCCCUCUCGAUGGGGGUCAGCUGUCGCUACGGGAACAGGAGAAUGUGAUCGACAAGAUCGAGAAGGAGAAUUUUGGGCUCAAGCUCAAGAUUCACUUUCUGGAGGACGCCCUGAGGAAGGCUGCCCCCGGCUUCAACGAGACUGCCGUGAGGGAGAAUACGGAACUGAAGGUCGACAAGGUCACCCUACAACGCGAGCUAAACCGCUACAAGAAACACCUCACGUCGGCGGAAAAGGAGCUCGAAAAGUACCGCCAGCAGCUGCUCGAGCUGAAAGAGCAGGCCGAGCAGCGCUACGCCGACGAGGCCCGGAAAGAAGAACUCGACCGUCUGCAGAAGGAGCUCGAGCAGAAGGAUGCCGAGAUCGACAAGCUACGGGAGCAGAUCGAGGAUCAGGACCAGCAACAGAGCGACCAGGUCGAGAAGCUCAAGGACGAGAUAGGGGACCUGGAGCACGACCUGCGGCAGAAGGAGAACAUCAUCACCCAGCACGAGGACGAGAUCGAGGAACUGCGCGAGAAGGUAGCCGACACCGAGGAGGAGCUCGAGAAGACCCGCCGUCGGGUCAAGGAGCUCGAGGAGAAAGCCCAGGAUGCCAACCUGCUGGCGGAGGCCAAGGAGACCAUCGAGGAUCUCGAAGCCAACGUGCGUCGCCUGGAACAGCAAGUCGAGGACAUGAGAGAGAAGCUGGACGACGCCAUCGCCGAGAAGGAGCGCGCCGAGGCCGACCUGGAGGAGCUGCAGGAGGAGAUGGCCAACAAGUCCGUCAUGACCAAAGGCCUGUCGCGCCAGGUAGAAGAGAAGAUUGCCCGCCUGCAGGCCGAGCUCGAAAAGGCCCGCGAGGAAUGCGAGGCCCUCUCAAGAGCCCGCGACGCCCAGCAGAAGGAGAUGGACGCCGUCAAGGCCAAGCUCAAAGAAGCCCGCGAGGAGCGCGAUGCAGCGGAGCGCCAGAGGCUACAGCUCGAGUCGCAGCUAGACCAGGACCACGGGCAGUGGAGGAAGCAACUAGACGAGGUCAAGAGGCAGCUCAAGGAGGCGCACCAGGAGCGUGACUCGGCCGAGCACGCACGCUUGACGCUGCAAGCCAAGCUCGAGCGGGCCCAGGCCGAGCUGAACUCGCGCAACAAUGAUAUGGCCGUGUUGCAGUCGCGUCUGGAUCGGGCCCAGGCCGAGCUCAACAACUGGCAUAAUGAGAAGGCGCUGCUGCAGUCGAAACUGGAGAGGGCGCAGGCCGAGCUCAACUCUCGCGACGAUGAGAAGAAUCUGCUACAGAACCGGCAUGAUGCCUUGACGAGCGAGUCGGUCUCCCUACGGAGGGAUAUCCAGACGCUGGAGAAGACGGUGGCAGAGCUGGAGGCUGCGCUGGAGCAGGAGCGCCAGCAUAGUUUGAAGAUCGAGCAGGAUAUUCGCGCGCAGUACAAGGCUGAGGUCGAGAGGUUGAAUGACGAGAUCUCGGACUUGCAGGCGCAGUGUCGCGAGAAGGAUAACCUCUACGACAACGAUAGCGAGCGCUGGGAGUCGGAACUGCACAAGCUGCAGGCGGAGAGGGAUCGCGCGGAGGAGCGGGCCGCCGGCUUGCAGAGGACGAUCGACAAGCUGCGCGACGCGGAGGGCGCGCUGUCCUCCAAGGAGGCUAAGCUGCAGGAGGCGUUGACGAGCGAGUCGGAGCGGCAUCGCAAGGAGGAGGCGGUCUUGAACAACCAGAUCGAGCAGCUGCGCGAGGACCUCGAGGCGCGCCAGGCCAUGCUCGAGGAGCUGCGCAGCGAGCUGGCGGUGGCUAUGGACGAUUUGCGGCAGGCGAAGCUGGAGUGCGAGGCGCAGAAGGACAAGGUACAGGCGUUGGAGGAUGAGGUCGAGAUCCUGCAGGCCACGCUCGACGAGGAGUCGGAGAAGGCUGCGUUGGAGAUCGAGCAUGCUCAAGAAGAGUGCGAUCGGCUGAGGGAACGGCUGGGGGCUGUGCAGACGGAGCUGGAUGCCGUUCGCAGGUCGUCGAACGUGACGCAGGAGUCGGCUAAGCAGAGCACCGAGACCCUGGCGAGGUUGAGGGUGCAGCUUGACGAGGCAAACGAGAAGGUUGUGAGGUUGACGGAGGAGAAGCAGCAGCUUCAGGAUAGGUCUGUCUCCCUUAACGCCGAGCUCCAGUCCGUCCGUGAGGUGCUCGCCUCUACUAAGGCCGAGCGCAACGAGUUGCAGACCAAGCUAGACGCCGUCAAGACGGAGCGUGACGAGCUGCAAGCAGCCCUGGACCGCCUGGCCUCAACCUCUCGCCCAUCCUCAGCCGGCGGCGGCUCGACCUCCGCCGAGCUAACCGAACUCCGCAACCAGCUCGCCGCCGCGAACCAGACCAUGCGCGAGCUGAAACGCUCCCUCCGCGAAGCCGAGCGUAAGGCGUCGGCCUCCACCAAGGACCUCCAGGCCCGUCUCGACCAGCUCGAAGACGAGAAGCUCACCCUCGAGCAGGACCUCGAGGAUGCCCGUCUCGCCGCCGAAAAGGCCGCUGCCCAGCACGAGGAGACGCUGGCUAAGUACCGCGCCAAGAUGGAGCGAUACAAGCGCGAGCGCGACGGGUACAUGCUGGGUGCACUGCGCAGCCAGGCGAUGGGAAGUCGGAACGGGAGCAUUGCAGGCGCGUCGGAGGUUUCGGUGGAAGAGAGAAGGGAUCUGCAUAAUAUGUUGCGCGAGGCGCAGGUGACUGUCGAGAAGCUGGAUAGGGAGGUGAAGGAGCACCGGGAGGCGUUGGACGAGGUGAUGAAGAGUGAGGCGGCACUGAGGGGGAAGUUGGAGAAGGCGCGGCAGGAGAGGGAGCAGUAUCGGGAGGGGGUAAAGAAGCUGAGGGGGGAUGUGAGGAGGUUACGGGUCGAGAGGGAUAGAGCGGUAGCUGAGGCGCAGGCGGUUGUUGCGGAGCGGGAGGGCGUCGAUACCGAUGCGAUUAUUAGGGCUGCUGCGGCGGCGGAGCAGAGGCAUGAGAAGGAGAUCAGGGGGUUGGUGAUGCAGAUGGAGUGGAUGAAGGCUUGUUGGGAUCGGGAGGCGAGGUUGAGGAGGGAUGCGGCGUUUGCGAAGGAGUACUUGAGUCUGCAGGUGCAGAUCAGGGAUGCUUGCAACAAAGCCGACCUAGCCAUCAUCAACCGUAUCCGCGCCGAACUCAAACCCCAAUCCUCCUCCUUCGCCGCCUCUGCUCUCUCCUCGCUCAAACAACUCAGCUAUGCCUCCGGCGCCCUGCCCCCCUUAUCCGAUCCCAAUAAUUCCCUUACCACCAACACCCAAGGCACCUCCCCCACAGUCGUUACCCGUAGCGCUAGCGCCAACUCUAACUCCCUGGCCCUAGUCAAGCGCCCAUCUGUCACAGCCGGCCCAAAGGGCAAGUGGAAGCUUGUCUUGGCCGCUGUGCGGUUUGUCGUGCGCGUCAGGAGACUAGCGCUCGCGUGGCAGCGGUAUGAGAGGUUGAGGCAGAAGUUGGAGGAGGUGUAUGAGGGAUUGGAGAGGGAAGAGAGGAUUCGACGGUUGCGGGAGGAGUGGGUUAGGGGCGUGGAGGAACGGCAGAGGGAGGAGAGAGAACGGGGCAAGCGGGGGAGGGGAUAG